AUGGAAGUCAAGAUCCUUACAUACAUUUCUCCUCAAGCCGUUAAAGAUAGUGGUAACAUCAUUGUUCUCCUACAGAAGCUUAGAUACAAUAACCGUUACCCCUGGCGACAGCCUGGGAUUUAUGGCAUACGAUCUGCAGUCUUCUUCAAUUGCGUGGUUAUGUUGUGCCUUAGAGACCAUACCUAA